UGUUGUUCGGACUGAGGUUAUCGCGCUUGCAUCAAAAUGGUACCGAUGAGAAAUGGGAAGUGAAAAAAAUGCUGUGACGGAGAAGGAUCAUUUUACUCAUCGUUUUAUUUUAACGUAUAUUUUUAUAUAAGAUUAAGAGUAUUAAAUAUAAUUCAUUACGAUGUUCAAAACAUCAAUUUUUAUAUUUUUAAUGAAUAUCGCCUAUAUAUAUUGCCAAGAUAUUGACAUUGAUAGAAAUGGUUACAUCGCCUAUUGUCCUUGUAUGGGACGUUUCGGUAAUCAAGUAGAUCAUUUCUUAGGAGCUUUAGGAUUUGCCAAGGCUUUGAAUCGUACUCUACUGUUACCAGCGUGGGUCGAAUUUCGUACAGGAGAAAUGAGAUCCAUACAAGUACCUUUUGAUACUUAUUUUAAUAUUUCACAAGUACAAAACUGCCACAAAGUAUUAUUGAUGGAAGAUUUUAUGAGGGAUCUUGCACCGAAAGUUUGGCCACUUGAAGAAAGAGUAUCAUUUUGUUAUUCACUGCGCACGGGAAGUGAGGAAAAGUCCUGCAAUGCAAAACAAGGAAAUCCGUUUGGUCCCUUUUGGGAUACGUAUAAUAUAGAUUUUGUUCGAUCAGAAUUUUAUGGUCCGCUCCAUUAUGAUGUAUAUCAUACUGACAUGAAGGUGCAGUGGCGAAAACGUUAUUCAGCCGCAACUUGGCCUGUACUAGCAUUCACAGGUGCGCCUGCCAGUUUUCCAGUACAAUAUGAAAACAAGCAUCUACAGAAAUGUCUCACUUGGAACAAUGAUAUACUUAAUAAAGCGAAAACGUUUAUAAAAGAAAAAUUACCAAAAGGAGCAUUUGUUGGCAUACAUUUGCGGAAUGGAAUUGAUUGGGUACGCGCUUGCGAACAUAUAUCAUUCACGCCUAAUCUCUUCGCUGCGCCUCAGUGCCUUGGAUAUCGCAACGAACGUGGCAAAGCAACCAUGUCUAUGUGCUUACCAUCGUUCGAAUUAAUAGUACGUCAUCUGAAACGUGUCAUUCGUAAUGGCAAUAAUAUCAAAUCGGUAUUUGUGGCAUCCGACAGUAAUCACAUGUUGGAUAAACUUGGAGAAGCUUUAGCACGUAUGAAGAUACCAGUAUUUCGACAAGAACCGCCGGCAUCGCCUCAUUUGGAUUUAGCAAUUCUUGGAAGAGCCAACUAUUUCAUAGGAAAUUGCAUUUCUUCCUUCACCGCUAUUGUAGCCAGAGAAAGAGAAGUCAAGGGAUUUCCAACAUUUUUCUGGGGCUUUCCUAAUGAAAAAGCUUUCAUAUCCCAUUCAGAAUUAUAAUUUUAUAAAAUGUGCUACAAAUAAUAAAUAAAUUUUUAUAACUUUAUAAUUUAAUGUAUUAAUAAAUUAAUAAUUAACAUCUCAA